UUGCCUGAAGAUCCAGCUUUUAGUACCGACGCGCCGUUAUACGACCGGUCAGAUCGUUGUGAGCGUGACCUUACAGUUUACUACUUCCGUCACCACUCGUUGGUUUCUCCAUCGUGAGAAUUCGGGUUCUGUCUCGAAGAAGGUAGAAUACCUACCUAAUGUAUGCUUGUUUGCUACCUUUAUUAGAACCAACAUCCUCGUCUUUUAUCGAAUUAGUCUAACUUAGACUUAUUUAUGCAGCAUCCCGAGGUGGUGGCUAAUAUUCCGAAGUUACAAGUCGGGCGGGAAUCCUGUUCAAGAGCUUGCUCCUUACCAUAACGCCCCCCUCUCCUGGAAUUGCCACAUGCUCGAAUGUUAAUUGACUUAGUGCUACUUACCUCUAGCCUUCAACUUCCUUCUCCUGCUUGUCUCUCCUAGCAACUUUAAGUCCUCUCAGCAGAGAAUUAUAUGACUCGAGAGACACAUCUUUGAAUGUUUAAGCCCCCCCGUCUCUUACGUCAACCCUCCCGUGCCGCCAGUACACACUUCCCCUAGUCUCCCCUGCUGCAACCCGCAUUCCUACAUUUAGUUACACACGGAAGACGGCCAUCGAAAUUACCUACUGUAUCUACUGAGACACGCCUUCUCGGCCUGUCUUGAGGCCUCCGUCCGAGUAAACAGCCUCUACAGGCUGGUUGCGGGCGCCUCUGCCGCACCAUGAAGUUCGGCAAGCAAAUCCAGAAGCGUCAGCUCGAAGUACCUGAAUAUGCCGCCAGCUUCGUAAACUACAAGGCGCUCAAAAAACUCAUCAAGAAGCUGUCUGCUACCCCGACACUGAGCGCUCAAAAUGACCCUCACUUUACUCCCACGCCGGUAGACACCCAAGUUGCUCUACAGGCAAACAAAGCAAAGUUUUUCUUUCAGCUGGAACGAGAGUUAGAGAAAGUCAACGCAUUCUACCUCCAGAAAGAAGCAGAGCUCAAAAUUCGACUCAAAACAUUGUUAGAUAAGAAAAGAGUACUACAAUCUCGUCACAGCAUCUCUAGACGCUCGGCCAAGUUCACUACUCUAGAAGAAGGGUUUCAACAAUUUGCGAAUGACCUGAACAAGCUUCAACAAUUCGUCGAGAUUAAUGGGACAGCCUUCUCUAAGAUCCUGAAGAAAUGGGAUAAAACAUCUAAGUCUAAGACGAAGGAGCUGUACCUAUCGCGUGCUGUGGAGGUACAACCAUUUUUCAAUGCCCCGGUCAUUAGCGAACUCUCAGAUCAGGCGACAACCAGUCUGCAAGAGCUUGGAGCUUGGGCAGACGGCGACCAUGUCCCGUUUGAAGCUCGUUCGGAACAUAUGGUGAGUAGCCAACAUCUGCUCGGAACAGAUGAAGGCGACGCGGAUAGUCUGUUGCUCGAUACGGCAAUUUCUGGCAACUUGGAAUCACUGCGAGAUCUACUCUCAAGGAUGAGAGCUGGGUCUAGUUCGCCGUCCGGGAUGGAUGUUUCUUUGAUGGAGAGAGUAACCCGCACGUUUCUCGCUGCUAUCCACGAAGCACCGCAGGCUUCCCUUGAAGUCUUGUUAGAGACCGGACUCGUUGAUAUUCGAUCCGAAGACGACAUCAACGAGAGAAACUGCCUCCACCAAGCCACUAUCUACGGAAACUCGUUUGUGUUAAAUGUCGGCUUAUCAGGAGGAGUUGAAGUUAAUAGGACAGAUGUUUAUGGGCGGGUACCACUUCACUAUGCGAGCAUGCAUGGACGAUUGGAUAUGCUCGAACUUUUACUUCAAGCCGACCCGACGACAAUCGACCUGAUUGACCACGACAACUUCACUCCACUGAUCCACGCGAUUAUUCACGGCCAUCUCGCAUGCGUCCAACGACUUCUUUUAACCACGUCGCGUUUAGAUCCCGUGUCGGAAACCGACCACAUACCACUUAAUCUCGCCUGCGAGCAUGGAUCGCUUGAUAUAGUCAAACUACUUCUGGCACAUGGGGCACAGAUACUACCUGAUGCUGAAGGGCUAUACCCACAGCAUCUCGUAGCACGUUCGGGUCAAACACCUCAACUACUUCGGUUGUUGCAGGAAUAUGGCGCCGAUCUAGACCAAAUCGAUAAACUAUAUGGCUGGACACCACUAGUGCAUGCGGCGAGCGAGGGGAAUGUGCCUUGCUUGGAAGAGCUCUUGAAUGUGGGCGUGGAUCCUAAUAUCGUUGACGAGAAAGACCUGCCUGCUAUGUAUUAUGCGGCGUGGGAGGGACAUCUAGAAUGCAUUCAGAAGCUCACGCCAUACCAACGGAGAAAUAUAGAGAACUCCCUCAUGAUGCAGACUACUGGUCCUCUCCUAGGUCCUCUCGGAAGUGGAAGCACACCAAUUCCAAUGUCGCUUGACGCCGACGCGAUCCCGAUCCUCGAACUUCCGCCACCGAUAAUACCAUUACGACGUUAUGGCCAUAACUUCCUAGAUACGAAGGCCGUCAUCCAAAUUAGCUUCCAGGAAGACGGCGACCAUCCAUUAGUAUUCUUUCACGAUAGCAAGUAUCCUGCCGCACGAUUAACUAUUUCGUCUAAGUUAUCAGACCUCAUACCGAAGAAUAUCAUGUUACCUUUCCAAGAAGAUACCCGGUUGGUAUCUUUCCAGGUCGACAAUCUCGAUACAUUUACCCUCGACUUUGACGUGUUCCCCACCUAUGGCGCAAAAAUCAUCGCAAAGACGGUUGCGCUUCCAAAUACGUUCCGAGCUUCCUGGAGUAGCUCCGGAAAGUGUUGCCUUCCAUUGUUCGACCCACGGCUCCGAGCGAUUGGCCAAAUAUCAUUUAAUACUCAAGUAAUUAAACCUUUCCAGGGCACUCCACUAGAGAUUACGGACUUUGAGACAUAUUGGAAGGCCACGAGUCAGCUUGAUCAAAAUCCAACCAUGUUUGUUACUGGCUCGAGUUUAUCUGGCGAGUUUGUUCAGCUAUACGUCCAGCAUACGAGUGAUGGCAUACCUGUUAUAUGGCCGCAGUGGAUGAUUCAAUGCGGCGGGAUUGAUGUAUCGAUCUCACGAUUAUCUUACGAACAAUUUUCUACCGUCACGGCAUCAAACCCAGGGCGAGCUCAACUUCCCUUGGUACCAUCCCAGGGCCUUAGCAGUAUUGCCGAUGUUCAUCGAGUACUUAACACAGCGGGAAUAUCUCUAGGAGAAGCGCUUUCACUACUUCCUAACUCGAUGCAUGUAGACCUCCAAAUUAUCUAUCCAUCGGAAGACGAGGAACGAAGGCUAGGGCUGGGCCCGACGGUGAACGUUAACAGUUUCGUGGACUCCAUACUUACCAUAGUAUUUGAUCACGCGAGAGAACAGAGGGCACAGACGAUGUCGGCUCCUGAUACUGUUAGAUCAGUUGUCUUUAGCUCUUAUAACCCUACGCUCUGCACGACUUUGAAUUGGAAGCAACCGAACUUCCCCGUAUUCCUCUGCAACGACCUUGGCCGCGAAGAUGUCAUGCUCUCGCCUAGCGUAAUUCAGAGCAGCGGACGGAGGACGUUCUCGGUCAAGGAAACUGUAAGGAUAGCGCAGAGCAACAAUUUUAUGGGGCUUGUUUGCUGCUCUCGACUAUUGAACAUGGUUCCAGCUCUCGUAGAUGCGAUAAAAUCCCACGGGUUGGCAUUAGUCGUCGAUAAAUCAGCCGAGCAAGCCACGGAUCCAUACCUGCAUUCAGAUCUAUUCCCCAUCCCCAAAGGCGUCGAUGGGUUGUUGAAGGGUAACGGGGUCUUGAGAUUUAACGAGUCUAUAGAGGUAUAGACAAAACGGCGGCCUAGAGUAUUGGUUACAGCAUCAGUUAUGGAAUCAGUUCCGAGGCUCUGUUCACAUAGCAUUAAUGGAAUGAUAUGAAUAAAAAAGUGAAUCGUUA